AUGGCUUCAAGAACAACCGGAACUCCUACGGAGCUACGGCCACGUGCAGACGCAACGUCUAGUGAGUCCUACUCAACAGAUUCCAACGGAAAUCUAAUCUGUCCCACUGACCCUGCCACAUGUCCCGUGUGUCCCGAUGACCAGGAAUGUUACCAACAGGCACGAACAUCCACCAGCUGCGCCAAGUACAUCUGUGUGCCCAAAUCAAACCUGUCGAAGGGGUCUGUCCCCGUUGGAGGCAUCGUUGGCGGAGUGUUGGGAGGUGUAGUGGUGAUCCUUGCGUUAUUGUUUGCAUAUUACAAGUUUGUCUAUCGAAAGAAACAUCCACGUCUCACAGAUGACUUGGCCAUGAGCGAAAUGGAUGCGGACGGGUCGUUUCUGGUUGCUGGCGGCGAUGACUCGCAUCUGGGCGAGAAGUCCGACCGUCCGCAGGCUCGUCGUGCUGGCCUGUCUAACUCCGUCAACAAGAAUCAUCGUCUACUGGCCUACGAAUCGUUUAUGCGUCCACAGACCCGUUACACCAAAAGGCCCGGAGGAAGUUCUCCCGGUGGAAGUGGACCUGGCAGUGUGGCAGGUAGUGGUGCUCGGGGCCAGGUGCGUGGAGGCAUGGCCAACUAUGCCAACCUGGAAUUAUCCAAGAGAAACUCCAUUGCUACCACAAUUUCCACCACCAACGCAUCGAACAUUCUUCCUAUCGCAUAUAUUCCGGGCGUGACCAUUCGUCCUACGAAAAACAAUACGCGGUCCAUCUAUUCGUACGAAACAGACCUGAUUUUCUCCGACAUGAAUGCCAUUGAGAAUGCCUCCAUUGUGGCAGAUCGCACUGGUGCGCACCAAAAGAGCACCAUGACAGCCAUCCGGGCCCAACCUAAAUUGAUCAAUGUUGCGCGGAUCGAUGAAGAUGACGAGGAUAUGGGGGAUGAGGAUCUUGACGAUGAAGAAAUCGAUCUUGAAGAUAUGAACCUUGACGACCUCCGCGAUCUCAACCGGGAACCACAUGAAGAAGCCAAUAAUAAUACCUGGGACAUUAAAGAUCUGUCGGUGGGUACUGUGCUGUACACUGUGAACACACUGAGCAGCAACAUGCAUGAACAACCAGACAGCGAGGCAGAUUCAGAUGUGGAUUCAGACAUUGUGGAGAUUGGACGGGCCACGUCGACUCGCCAGGCACGCGAGGUUUUGGUGGACCAUACGGAUCUUAUAAAUCUCGAGCGGGAUGAUCAGCUGGGGUCAUUUAUCUUGGACAUCGGAGUACCUGAGAGAUCGUAG